UUUCCCUUUUUCUUUCUUCUUUUUUAUCCUUUAUUUAAUUAUUAUUUCAUAUAUUUUAUUAAACCAACAUGUUUAUCAUUCUGUUCAUUCUUUCCUUUGUCCCCUUUAUAAUAGCUUCACCUGCUAUUACCUCAGGGACAUGUACAAGAUACCCAGCAAACGCGAGUUGUUCAAAUUUCAUAGAUUAUAACGUAUUUUUACCAAAUGGAACCACUCUUGAAACAGUCGAAGCCAGUCUACAACAGUAUAAGCAACUAGGAGCAGAGUUUGGUCUAGUCAGUCCUGUCUGUUUUGAUGCCUUUUCUCGCUAUAUUUGCUCAAAAGCAUAUCCUAAAUGCCAAACAUCCUCUAAUCAAACAAGUGUGUAUACCGCCUGUCUAUCUUCAUGUGAAGAAGCCAAUGCUGCAUGUGCUGGUCUCUUCAAGAUGGCUGGAUAUGCACAAUUAUUACCCAACUGCACAACAGAAACAACAAGUGUCGGAAGCCCUUUACAGCCUGACAACUCUUGUAACAAUAUUCAAUCAAAAAUGACACCACAGCAAGUCGAUCAAGGAAAACUUAAUAUUUCUGCUGCUCCAUCAGACUUUAUCAUACAACAGUGUCCUGCUCCUUUUGUAAAGGAUACAUUAGCCGGUACAGGUGAAGGCAAGACAUUGGACCCAAAGUUCUGUCAAUUUGGAUGUUGUAUUCCUUGUCCUGCCCAAAAUCUUUUUUAUAAAGAUGGCUGGGCCAAGAAAGGAUUCACAGCUACAAACGCUAUCCGAUUCGUUUCCGCCGUUCUGUCGGCAAUUCUAUGUAUAAGCUACUUGGUUCUGCCUGAUAAACGAAGACAUCCCUCACUACUCAUUCUCAACUUGGCACUCAGUAUUUUCUUUUUCAGUAUGACAUCGUUCUUUUCAAUUGGUAAUCCAGAAAGAUUACAGUGCUCAGCAAAUGGUGUUACCCCCGGUGAAAUGGGCAACAACGCGCUUUGUGCCGCUCAAGGCGCAAUACUUGUCUUUUCCUCGUUUGCUACAACAUUUUGGUGCUGUGCACUCAUUCUAAAUCUUCAUGUUCACACUGUAUGGAAGUCAAACUUCUUUGUAGACAAGUAUCUCUUACUCAACAUCAUCUGCUGGGGCAUUCCUACUGUCAUCACAUGCAUUGCUCUCGGACUGCAUUCUCUCAAAUUUGAAUUUGCUAGUCUUUGCCUUGUAAAGAUGGAAUACGUUUUUAAAUUGUAUUUUUAUCCUUUGGCUGCCAUCAUCUGCCCCAGUUUUCUCAUCCACAUUGGCACUUUCUUUUACAUUGCAACAGUGGCCAUACGCGAAGGAUUAGAAUCGGAUAUGUCUCAAUCAUUAUCAACAGGGAAUGUCUCUGAACGUCCUCAGGGCGUGAGUCAUCGUCAUCUGGUAGUGGCAGUCAAGAUACAAUGGAGAGCUUUACUACUGGCUGUUGUAGCCAUUGUGACAAUUCUGUUUUAUUGGCUGGCUUACAUGACUCAAGUCAAUCGUAUAGCAACAACACAAGCAGAAGGCACUCUAACCCAGUCCUGGCUUCAAUGUAUGCUUACACCUGGUAACAGUCAAAAUACGUGCUAUGAAAUACUUAAAUCAAGCUUGCCAUCCUUCCCUCUUAUGGUCACAGCAGAUGCAUUAGCAGGUCUCAUUGGCUGUUGGCUCUUUAUCUUGUUUGGAAAACGAUCCUUAUGGCGUGAAUGGAAUGAUUUGAUUUAUGAUUUGCGUAUUAAGAUUAGAGGUAAACGAGGUGAAAAGUAUGGAGAACAGUUUUUUGCACUUUAAUUAUUUUUUUACAUCAUUUAUAUUUAUAUAUCUUUUAAUCUUGCUAUCUUACUUUAAUAUCCUCCCCCAACUUCUCCUUUGUAUAAAUUAGUUUUUUGUGUGUUUUAUAUUUUAUUACUAAAUCUUUUAUCUUGGGUUUAUUGUGCAUAAAGACUUAAUGGACAAGUAUACAAUAAAUC